AUGGAUAAUUAAACAUAAAUUCAAUAAUAAUUUAUCUACAGAAAACUUGAGCUACAAGAUUAUGAAAAAGGAUUUCUCCAUUGUUUAUCUUAUUUAACAAAGACACCAGACCUUCCAUUUGAGAAAUUUAAGGAAAUUUAUAACAAUUAUCCUGGAUUUGUAUAUGUAGUUGAAGAUUUUUAAGCAAAGAUGAUUGCUUCUACAAUAAGUUUAGUUAUUGAAUAGAAUAUCUUUGAGAAUAAAUAUUAUAUUGAAAAUGUUGUAACUCAUCCAAAUUAUAGAGGAAAAGGUUUUAUAAGAGAAUUGUUGGAAAUAAUAAAAUAAGAUGUGAAAGAUCUUGUAAAAAAGACAGAUGAUGGAAAUGGAGAUUAAAAUAAAGAAAUAUUAUUGGAAUUAUAUUGUAAGAAGGAAACAAAAGGUUUAUAUGAAAAAUUAGGGUUCUAUGAGGAUGGUUUUAUUGCCUCUAAAUAUGUUUGA